ACUUAGUGUGACGAGAGAGACUGAAGCUAUGAUAGACAGUGCUGCAGAUGUCCAGCCAUCUUUGCGUGAAAAAAGUGUGUCAAAAGAGAUUGAAAAUCUGACACAAAGUGCUGCAGAUGACAACCCAUCAUCACGUGAAAAAAGUGUGCCGAAAGAGAUUGAAAAUCUGACACAAAGUGUUGCAGAUGUCCACCCAUCUUCACGUGAAAGAUCAGUUAGUGUGUCAAAAGAAGCUGAAGAUGUGAAAUACAGGCCUAAUACUGGAGAUGUCCGCCAACCACCAUCUAGGGCAUCAGUUAGUGUUACAGCACAGACUGAAGAUAUAAAAGGUGGUGCUGAAGAUGUCCGUCCUUCGCCAUCCCGAAGAUCAGCUACUGUGGAAAUACAGAAAGAAAGUUUCACACGUAGUGUGAAAACGUAUGCUGCAUCAUAUCUUGACAGAGAUUUGCGCCACCUGUCAUAUCUGGACAGAGAUAUCCCCAGCCGACUUUUGAAGGAAGGUUCUGUUGAUGUGCCAAGAUAUGGAAAGUCAUACUUUGAGGGAGAUUUCCAAAGACGACUGUCGAAGGAAGGCUCUGUUGAUGUGCCAAGAUAUGGAAAGUCAUACUUUGAGGGAGAUUUCCAAAGACGACUGUCGAAGGAAGGCUCUGUUGGAUUAGCAGAUCUCCACCCAUCUGCAAUUAGAGGAUCAGACAAUUUGCUGAAUGAGAGAGGGAAAGUGACACCUGGAUCAGCAGAUCUCCGCCCAUCUGCAAUUAGAGGAUCAGGCAGUUUGCUGAAAGAGAGAGGGAAAGUGACAGCUGAUUUGACAAGACACACAGCAUCAAAUGUGGACAGAGGUCUCCAAAGACAGCUGGUGAAGGAAGGUUCUGCUGAUUCUACACUUGCUACCAAGUACGUGAAAGAUAAUGAAAAAAAGUAUCUGAAUAAAUAUCCUAUGGAAUUUGGAGGAAGACUUGGUACUUUGUUGCUGAUUUUGUUCCUGCCUUUAUAUGUCUUGAGUUUGUUUAGUUUUAAUUUGGUACCGGACCCAACAAAAUUUGAAGUAUUGUUUCAAAUGCAGCUUGUACUGAUUCCUCAAGUGGCUGUUGGAAUAAUAAUUUGUCAGUGGACCUCUGACUAA